CAGAUAACCCGACUCACUCUGCUUUUCCUUAGUUACCCUUACUCAAGUAUAUUACGCUGCAAUAAGCGUGAAAUUGAUUUCUUCAUCAUUAGAAUGGCCUCCUUUUGGUUUCAUUUAGCACUCAUCAUGGCUUUCAUGGCCUCACCUUUGCUUUCUUUAUCUUCUCAGAUUAAUUCUAAAGCCUACGCCAUCGCAGCCACACCAUCAUUCUUGACAAACCCUCCGCCCCUAUCUCCUUUCCAAGAAUUAUCCCCCGACAUUCUUCCACUUUUGCCUUCUCCUGGUGGCGCGGUUCCUCCAACUGGGUUCUCCAUGCCCACCAUUCCUUCAAGCCCGAGCCCUCCGAAUCCAGACGAGUUGGUUGCGCCUGGCCCUGAUUCUGCGUUUUCACCACUUGGCUCAUUACCGGCUUCCGCCGCAGCACCUAAAGUCUUGGUUUCCUACUUAAACACAGCCGUUUUUGUAGGUUUGGCUGCAUAUUGGUCUAUAAGUCUGCUUAGGAUAUAGGGCUAGCUAGACGACCCCAUUAUCGUUGCAGUGCUUUCCUCUCUACUUCUCCUUGUUGACGCUAAUUUCUCAUUCUUUACGGCAUAUGAUACGGUGUAUGUACUUAUUGUCUUCAUAUGGAUGUUAUAUUAGUAGAAUUGUGCACCUUGUUAUUGUUAUUAAUUAGGUUGUUGUAAUUGAUUUUUGAGUAAAAUGAGUUGUAAAGGACCAAUUUUCUUACCA